CGUGGACAUGGUUAUUCCGGGUGGACUACAUUUCCCAGAAGUCACCGCGUUAGGGUCACCCUCGAGCUCUAGAUCUUUUUCCGGUGUCCGAGCUGCUGUAGCCCCUACGUGGUGAGUAGAUCGUGUCCACAGAAAUCAGCGGAGGCUUCCACAGUCCCUGGUUGGAAUGGAACCGGCGGUGAGGAUGAGAGGCGCUGAAGACCAGAAGACCCAGGGCGUGAACGGGGCGUGUCAUCCCUGGAGUUUCAGUAGAAUUUCAGGCCUGUCUGCUUGAGCAGCAGAGGAGGAGUUUCUGUGUGCCUGUGAGAGACUGUGUGUGUGUGUGUGUGUGAUGAAUGAACAGGGUUGUGUACGUGUGUGUGCGUUAGACAAAUGAACAGUGUUGUGUACCUGUGUGAAUUGUCACUGUGACUCCAGGCUCUAGGCUCUGCAGAUUCCUCAGCCCUAUCGCCUCACAGACACUUGGGAUGUGCAGCAGGUAAAAGAGAGAAGCCAGGUUCAUGGAGGCGUGAAGGAUCCCAGCAAGAAAACACAGACUUGAUCUUGAGACGAGAUUUUUGAAAUUGGUUGCGGCCUCAAGGCAGGCUCUGAGAAGACUCGAUAAAGAGUUCUCAGGAAUAGGCAUCCCUCCUGGAUAUUUUCCCCUUGGAAGCGCCGAGGAGCCAGCUGUAUGUUUGUAACCAUAGCAUUUCUAAAGCUCCAGCCCCAGGAACCUGCUGUGAAUUAGAGACAGAUUCCACCCUAGACAUCAGUGAUCUUGGCCUCUCUUGUAUUGGGAAGGUCAACACUGUUCCAGUUUCUCUCCUACUCCCAUCUGGUUGUGCUCGGUGAAGUAGGUGAGCAGUGCUACCCUUCUGUUUAAAAAAAAAAAAGAUCCUGAAAGAGGAAAGAAUUUUUGCUACACAUCUGAAAGCUAAAGUCCAGGUGAUGCCUUGAUUACCUACCUUUGGCUUCUCUGAACUCUGCUUCUCUGGUAGAGGAAACCUGAAGAGAACUAGCAUUUCUAAAACCAUGGCCCAGGUGCCAUUGACAUUCAGCGAUGUUGCCAUAGACUUCUCUCAGGAGGAGUGGGAAUAUUUAAACUCGGAUCAGAGGGAUUUGUACAGAGAUGUGAUGUUGGAGAAUUAUACUAACUUGGUCUCAUUGGAAUUUGAUUUCACAACUGAAAGCGACAAGUUAUCUUCAGAAAAAAGAAAUUAUGAAGUAAAUGCGUACCAUCAGGAGACAUGGAAAAGAAAUAAAACCUUCAACCUUAUGAGGUUUAUUUUCAGAACUGACCCACAGUACACAAUUGAAUUUGGGAGACAACAGAGACCUAAAGUGGGAUGUUUUAGUCAAAUGAUAUUCAAAAAACAUAAAUCCCUUCCUCUACAUAAGAGAAAUAACACAAGAGAGAAAUCAUAUGAGUAUAAGGAAUAUAAGAAGGGCUUUAGAAAAUAUUCACACCUUACUGAACAUCUGAGAGACCAUACUGGUGUGAGACCCUAUGAAUGUAAUGAACGUGGAAAAGCAUUUGUAGUUUUCCAGCAUUUUAUUAGACAUCGAAAAAUCCACACUGAUUUGAAACCCUAUGAAUGCAAUGGAUGUGAGAAGGCCUUUAGGUUUUAUUCACAGCUUAUUCAGCAUCAGAUAAUUCAUACUGGUAUGAAACCCUAUGAAUGUAAGCAAUGCGGGAAGGCUUUUAGACGUCAUUCUCACCUUACAGAACAUCAGAAAAUUCAUGUUGGCUUGAAACCCUUUGAAUGUAAGGAAUGUGGGGAAACGUUUAGAUUAUAUCGACAGUGUCUGCAUCAGAAAAUUCAUCAUGGUGUGAAACCCUACAAAUGUAAAGAAUGUGGAAAGGCUUUUGGUCAUCGUUCAAGUCUUUACCAACAUAAGAAAAUUCAUUCUGGUGAGAAACCAUAUAAAUGUGAACAAUGUGAAAAGGCCUUUGUUCGCAGCUAUCUACUUGUUGAACAUCAUAGAAGUCAUACUGGUGAGAAACCUCAUGAAUGCAUGGAAUGUGGAAAGGCUUUUAGUAGGGGCUCAAGCCUUCUUAAACAUAAGAGAAUUCAUAGUAGUGAGAAACUCUAUGAUUGUAAGGAUUGCGGAAAGGCCUUUUGUAGAGGCUCUCAACUUACACAGCAUCAGAGAAUUCAUACUGGUGAGAAGCCACAUGAAUGUAAAGAAUGUGGGAAGACUUUUAAGCUUCAUUCAUAUCUUAUUCAACAUCAGAUAAUUCAUACUGAUUUGAAGCCAUAUGAAUGUAAGCAAUGUGGGAAAGCCUUCAGUCGUGUUGGAGACCUUAAGACACAUCAAUCAAUUCAUGCUGGGGAGAAACCCUAUGAAUGUAAGGAAUGUGGAAAAACCUUUAGACUUAAUUCUCAACUAAUUUAUCAUCAGACAAUUCAUACUGGUUUGAAACCCUAUGUAUGUAAAGAAUGUAAGAAGGCCUUUCGUUCUAUCUCAGGUCUUUCUCAACAUAAGAGAAUUCAUACUGGUGAAAAACCCUAUGAAUGUAAAGAAUGUGAUAAGGCCUUUAAUCACAGUGAUCGACUUGCUCAACAUCAGACAAUUCAUACUGGUGUGAAACCACAGAAAUGCAAAGAAUGUGGUAAGGCCUUUAGUCAUUGCUAUCAACUUAGUCAACAUCAAAGAUUUCACCAUGGUGAGAGACUCUUAAUGUAAUGAGAGGGAAAGCCUUUAGCCAUGGCACAUUUUUACUGUUGUCACUAUUAUGAUGCUAUAGUGAAGAUUAAACUAGUUAAUAUAGAAUAUAAA